GAUACCUCCGAGGGGAGAGGCAAACGCUCGUGCUUUUGAUAUUACUUUCUAUUGAGAUAAUUUACAGCCUACGUAUUCAUAUAUGUGUAAAUAUUUGCAUUACUAAAACUAUAGAAGGACCUUCUACGCUUGCACGGCUGAAAUAUACAGCAAUUGUAGCAUACUUCUGAAGCUUCUACUACGGCUGCUACUACUACCACUACUACUACAACUCCUCCCUGGUGAGAAGAUGGCAACUUUAACGAACGGGCAGGUGGACGGCACGGGGCACGGCGGCGCCGUCAGCGCGAACGGGCUCGUGAACGGAUUAAGCCACAGCCACAGUCCCGCGAGCUGCGGCACCAUCCCCAUGAAGGACCACGAUGCCAUCAAACUGUUCAUCGGGCAAAUCCCACGCAAUCUGGACGAGAAGGACCUCCGACCCCUCUUCGAGGAAUUUGGCAAGAUCUACGAGCUCACGGUCCUCAAGGACCGCUUCACCGGCGUGCACAAAGGCUGUGCCUUUCUCACCUACUGCGCGAGAGACUCGGCGCUGAAAGCUCAAAGCGCGCUCCACGAGCAGAAGACCUUGCCAGGGAUGAACAGACCGAUCCAGGUGAAACCAGCGGACAGCGAGAGCAGAGGAGAAGACAGAAAACUCUUUGUGGGCAUGCUCAACAAGCAGCAGUCUGAGGACGACGUGCGACGUCUGUUCGAAGCGUUCGGGAACAUCGAGGAGUGCACCAUCCUCAGAGGUCCUGACGGAAACAGUAAAGGCUGUGCAUUUGUGAAGUACUCCUCUCACGCUGAAGCACAGGCAGCUAUUAGUGCUCUACAUGGGAGUCAGACCAUGCCAGGUGCCUCCUCCAGCCUGGUGGUCAAGUUCGCCGACACGGACAAGGAGCGGACGAUCCGGCGCAUGCAGCAGAUGGCGGGCCAGAUGGGCAUCUUCAACCCCAUGGCCCUGCAAUUCGGGGCCUACGGGGCCUACGCUCAGGCACAGGUGCAGCAGCAGGCAGCGUUGAUGGCGUCGGUGGGGCAGGGCGGGUACCUCAGCCCCAUGGCGGCCUUCGCCGCGGCUCAGAUGCAGCACAUGGCCACCAUCAACGGGCUGCCAGGUGGGCCCCUGACCCCCACCUCAGGUGGCAGCACCCCUCCAGGUAUCACCGCCCCCACAGUGACCAGCCUCCCAUCUCCAAUCAGUGUGAACGGCUUCACGGGGCUACCGCCCCCCCAGGCCAAUGGCCAGCCCCCAGCUGAGGCCGUCUUCACCAACGGGAUUCACCCGUACCCAGUUUUACAGGAGAUCAUAUUUAGAGAGGACUCGGAGAAGGGAGAAGUGGGCGUGGCUCAACGGAGUUGUUUUGGGGUUCAGGGGAGCUGCUUCCUCUCCUCUCUCACUGAAGCAGCUCAGAGCCCCACCGCUGCCGACCCUUUACAGCAGGCCUAUGCAGGAGUCCAGCAGUACGCAGCAGCCUACCCUGCUGCAUACGGACAGAUCAGCCAGGCCUUCCCCCAGCCUCCCCCCCUUAUCCCCCAGCAACAGAGAGAAGGGCCGGAGGGGUGUAACCUGUUCAUCUACCACCUCCCUCAGGAGUUUGGAGACGGCGAGCUCAUGCAGUCCUUCCUGCCUUUCGGUAAUGUCAUCUCCUCCAAAGUGUUUGUGGAUCGGGCGACAAACCAAAGUAAAUGCUUUGGCUUUGUCAGCUUCGAUAACCCCGCCAGCGCCCAGGCAGCCAUCCAAUCGAUGAACGGCUUUCAGAUCGGCAUGAAGCGCCUAAAGGUGCAGCUCAAGAGGCCGAAAGAUGCCAACCGCCCCUACUAGCCCCGUCCCCCUCCCCCACCUUCGCCCCAAUGGCGAACACUGCUGGAGCACACAGGACAAACAGGUUUUACGGAGUUGGGAUGCACGAUUGGCGACAGGAGAAAAAAAAGACAUUGUGAUAAAAAAAUAAAACAGUUUCAAAAGGGGCUGGAACCAAACUGCAACACAAGAGAAACGAAGGGGGAAGAAUCACACCACCAAACUUUAACACCGCUUUUGGAACUUCUGGAAUUCAGCAGAACCCUGUGUGUGGCAGCAAGUGUGUCUCUGGACCUGGGUCGACCCCCUUACCCCCCUCCCCUCCCAAAACCUUUUCCAGACCAGGCAGGACCACUACAACAAAAGGACUUAUACAGAAAAAAGAAACUACUGACUGAUUCCCACAGAGCCGAUCCAGAAGGAGAGCCCCGACGACUUCAAAAUAAAGCUUUUUUGAAAAAAAAAAAGAGAAAAAAAGACAUUCCCCAUGCAGAGCACUGCGAGAGGGCUCGAACCAACAAAAAUCAAACAGAGGAGGCAGAUACCUUUUUAAAUAACAGUUGUGAAUUUUAAAGUGAACUGCAUUUUCAGAGGAAAGGACCUUUUUUUAAGGGGGCGCGAUAUUUCAGGACACAAACUCAUAGAGAUUCGGGUGGCCAUCUUUACUUGGAGUGCCUGUCCGUUUCCAGGGGAUACAGUUGCCAUGGCAAGCCGUGGCAACAAUCUCUAGGGAGUCUUACCCAUCAUUCCUCAGUUGAUUUAGGGACCAAAUGACCAAACAUUUUUACCACUUAAAGACUUGUAGCUGUAACAUACUUGGACCGUCACAUCUCUUUUGCUGUUUGAGCAGGCCUAAGGGUUAUGGUUGAGGGGAAAAAAAUGUAAAAUGAUCAUAUAAAUAUAUAUAUAUACAAUAUAUAUACUGUAUAUACAUACAUAUAUAUUGCUGGUAUGCUUUAUAAAAAUGGCAACUAUUUCAGAUCGCCUGUGGGAACACUCAUUUCGCUAGUUUACAACUACAACUACUCAGUAUCAGAGUAUUUAUUUUUUCUCUGUUCUUUUCACCUGAACCAGAACAAAACCUGAACCUGAUAGUUAAAAUGAACAUAAUAUAUAUGUGUGUACAAAAUAUAUGAACAUGUUUAUAUUUACAGUACAUAUAUAUGUAUAACAUACACAUGCAAAACGUAUUCAUAUAUAUCGGCGCAUAUAUAUGAAUACAUAUGUUACUCAAACUUAUAUAUGUGUUUAUAUGCAUAUAUUUUAUAUAUAUGUGUGUGUAUAUAGAACUGCUAUUGAACCUAAUAUGUAGAACUGUAAUUUUACUGUAGAUUUUAGCUGGUCUCCAACAAUGCUCAUGCCAAUCUGCUUUGGACUAAGCUGGGUAGAAUCGCAAUUAUGGCAGCUCCCAAACUGCAAGCAUUCCACUCUCUUCUGAAAUACGUGCUGACAUAUAUAUAUAUAUACAUAUAUAUGUGUGUGUAUAUUCAUAUUUGUACAUAUGUGUAUAUGUUAUUUGAAACUGCAGGAGGCCGGUUCUCAGAGGGCGAGUAUCAAGAACAGGCCGUUUGAUCUUUCCUUAAGAACUGGGGGCUGCCUUCAUAACCGAUCUACUCUGCUCCACACUGCGCACAGACACCUAGCAAAGAAUCAGCCAUCUGCUAAACUUGAACUAAAACCGACAUAUCAUAGCCGUUAUUUAUCUCUCCGCGCCGCGUGCAUCAGUCUUACUCUCGCGUUUAGGUAGGCGCCAGACGACAGCGUCGCAGCGGCCCGUUUAGUCACCGGCGGCUCGUUUCUAAAACCACUUUCCGACUCGAGUUUAACCCAGACGUAUGGCUAAUUGAGCCACUACUAUUGCUCAUUGCUAAUGGGGGAAAAAAGAAAAAGUGUGGCUUUUUCAUGGCGGAUACCAGAUGCUGAAUAAGACGCAAAGCCGUGCAUUGCAGCUAGCGGUGGCGACUUGCCACAGCGUACGCGGUCACGGAGUCGGAGAGUAAGCCGGUCUAAACAGCGUAUGUAACAUCCCCAUCUGGUUCAUUUCCAAACGACGGAAUCCGACACUCCCUCCACAACUCGACCUGCAAAACACAGCAAAUCUGACGGAAGUGUUUUGUCUUGCAAUGUAAGUGGUCUGAACUGACCUAUGACACAGUGUAGAGUAGUACUCUUAAGCCCUAUUUUUAAGCAGUACAACUGUUUAAAAACCGUGAGCUGACAACCAAAACCCGAAGUUGAUAUUAGAGACGCCGUGGAAUUCUACACCACAGGAGGAUGAACCAAAUGAUCCAGAUGGCGAUGGAAACUAGCGACAUACUUGCGCUCGAGUACUCGGCAACAGGCGGUUUCCCCUGAACGUUUUUCCCUAGACCCAUCCUAACACCAGAGAGGUGUAGUCUCUGGCUUCCACAGACCCCGCCCCCUGCUUGUACAUCCAAUCCCAGGACAGACACACCUAAUAGAUAUCUAACUCUUUCCCUUUUGCCAUUACUGUCCAUCAGCUCGGCUGCAACUGUUUACAUAAAAGGAUUCAACAGAACAAAGUGUUUAAAAAAUAAAUAAAAAAACGAUCGAGAGACAGAGCAGAGCUUUUAAUAUAUAUAAAUCAAUGAAUAUAUGUAAAUGUUUCUUUUUGUUGCUCUGUUUUUCUCUGUAAAUAGGUUUGCAUAUUUUAUAGGACUUUUACUUCUACCUACAAGGACUGGGUAAAGAGCAAACUUUAAAUACUUAAAAAAGAAAGGAAAAAAGAGCAAUCAAUAAAAGAUUAAAAAAGCAGGUAACACGGAGUUAUAGGGGUCCAUGGCAUGAGUAGAGGGUGUGCAAAUCCAGGUUUUUAACAAGACAUCUGUCAGGGAGUGCAUUGAAUUCAAUAUAAAGAAAAUCAGAUCAUUUAUUGUCACAUUUAUUUAAAUGUUCAUGACUUAUUUUUAUUUAUUUAUUUAUUUAUUUAUUUAUUUAUUCAUUCAUUUAUUUCCUGGCAUUUUUCUACCAAACUGCCAAUAAUUCCAACCUGUUGUGUUAUUUAUUUCUAUAAAUGUUUGCUGGAAAGUGUGUGCUGAGGGUCAAUGUUCCUGUGAGCAGAUAGGUAGUUUUUUUUUAAGUUUUUUAUUAUUUAUACACAAGACAUAAGAGCAAUACUCUUCCCGGCGGUGUGCCCUCGUCCUAAAUGCACGGCUCGCCCUGAAACAGGGCCUAAACUUCAUUUUCCAAUCAAACAUUAGUCCAAGCAAAGCCAGUUAAACACUACGCAUUGAGUAAAUUAUUAAUCUGAACAACCAUUUAACUUCAUAUACAGUGAUUUGGAAAAAAAUGACAUUCCAGACUGAGCCCUAACCCAGACCUGCCUUCUUCUGUUGACACUUCAUAACCAGCCACUGAGACGGAGACAAACAAAACCCUGGGGGGAAAUCCAGUUUCUCCACAGACUACUCUCUGAACAUUUAAAGACAAACAGAAGACCAUUUCCACAAAACUGCCAGGGUACUGUUUGUACAUGGUGGCAACUCUGCUUUUUGGAAAUAGUGUGAAAAUCAUUUUCAGAGAGUAGUAGUUUUUUCCACCCAAUUUCUAAAUGAAAAAAAAAAUCUUUCCUCAACAGAAGUUUGGACUUCUCUGCUCCCUGUAAUGGAAAUCUGUGGCAGGUAAAAUCUGUGGCAGGUUUCGGUCUGGCUUUGAAGGAAGCAGUAUGCCAUGGUCAUUGGUCCAUGUAGCUAAAAAAAAGCCUUAAAAGGGGUUUACAAGACAGACAGUGGAGGUAAAUCCUCCCACCUCUCAGCUCCUAAACUCUAAGCUCACAGAACAUAUCCCAGCAUGCUCUUGGUGCCAACUAGUACUGUGUACAUUAUGAAUGCAACUCAUUUUCAUUUUCAGCUCUCAAUUGGGGUUAUCCUAUUCACCUCCCCUUAAGGUCAGGGCACAACACAGCCUUGACCCUCGUCCUUUAUGGCAAUUUACAGUUUAGUUCCAUCAACAGCAGGACGCCCACUAGAAACUGCACUAAUCCAAACCCAUGAAAAUCAACAACUCAACUACUUGUGUGGCUCGUAGGAAACUUGACCAUAGAGAACGUUCCCCCUGCCCCACAUAAACCGCUCUUUGAGGUCUAGAGUGCUAGCUGCUUUAGCCUUCCGCUAUACCUUUGACUAUAGCCCGAGGCAUCUCAACACUUGCUGAUCUGAUGAUGUGUAGGUGUGUAUAGUUUCACCACUGAAAAAUAUGUCCAACAAGUUAAACAGUGUUUUCUCUCAUUGUUAUAGGUUGGGAACUAGCAGGACAGGGCAAACGUAUGCAGUUAUGGGACACUGAUUACAAUUGGGAUCUUUAUUAGGAGAAAAAAGGAAAGCAAUUUCAUGUGAAAAUAAAAGGAAAAAUUCUAUGCAGGAAGGUGGGGGUGUGAUGGUGUGAGUGUAUGUGUGCGUGUGCGAGCGUGCGUGUGGAGAGCCACCUGUCCGUCACUAUGAGACCGGCUUCUCAUUGGACAUUCGGCAUCACUGACCCCGCCCUGUCUCUCUAGACUGCCUAAUUCUCUGGUCCGUGGACCCCCUGUAAUUUACUGAAUGACGCGUUUCAGCUUAGCCAGAAAUAAAGCACAGUCACGAAUCAA